AAGGGAGCGCAACAUGGCUGCAGUGAUAGCACCAAUGACUGGAUCACUCUCCGAGGACAAAAAGUUCAGCACCAGAGCAGCACUUCAAGACAAACAAAACGGCUCUGAUAACCUUGUUUGUGUUAUCGAAGAGUUCAUAAAGCAAAAAGCUAGAGAAGUCCUCAAAUCAGAGCCGGAUGAUGGUUUUACUAGUAUAAAAGAAGAUUUUACAGUUCCUAAACAGGAAGACUUGCCUAAUAAGAGACAGAAAGUGGAACUGAAGGAUGAAAUCGAGGAUAUGAACGAAGGUCUACAGAUAAAUGGAAUAACGUUGGGAGGUAAUUGGGAUACAGAAUCUACCCUCCAAAAAGAACUUAACAUCGGUUUUGACGAUAACAAGUUGAUGAAUGGCUCCAGUUCAAGUUCCCCAACAUCAGACAACAACACCAGCAGUGUCAGCACCAUGUUGGAGUCUCUCCGCUCCAAUCUCUCCCAGAUAUACUCAGGUGAGUCCCCAAUGGAAACCCCGGCAUACGUAAAAACAGAGACAUACGUUAAGACAGAGAGCCCGCAACGAGGAGCGGAUUUCUGUAACGAUGAGAACAGUUUCAACCACCAACGAGAUCAGGCUCUAAAUGGAGGAGGUGAACAACAGUUCGAUAACAUCUACAACCCUGCAGUCACUUCUCUAUCGUCAUCAACAAUGCAGAGACAGUUCUCCAGUAAUCCCUACGACACGAACAACGUCAAUAUGAUCAACAACGCACUAUUCUCCCAGCAACAUUCCCCCUAUCCGACAUACCCUCUGCCAGUAAAACCAGAACCCUCGUCCCCUAACUCACCUUACCAGCUCAACCCUUAUUACCUGUCAAACACCCAGGGUAUUUACCCCCCUUCCUCCAUGAACCUCAAUCAGAUCGACUACCAGGGAUACAGGUUAUCAGACAUGAUGCUGCCCUCCUUCGGUAACCAUGGUAACCACGACCAGUUAAUAAAGCAGGAGAAAUAUCCCGCACUCACGCCGGAAAGUGACCCGGUGUUGACUCACCAGCUUCUCGGCCUCAAUCCCGCUGUGGAGACCGACAAGAUCGACUAUCCUGCCCAGACCGAUGUUACCGGGCCUAUGAGGAUCAGAAGGAUAAAACGACCCAUUCCUGCAGGUCCCACCUACCCCGUGCAUUUGUGGCAGUUUAUUUUGGAACUGUUGGGCGAUCACGCGUGUAAGGACAUCAUCGCAUGGACUGGCAAUGAUCUGGAGUUCAAGGUCCUGAACUCUCGGGAACUGGCUAGGAAGUGGGGAAAACGGAAAAACAAACCGCGAAUGAACUUCGACAAGUUGUCACGUGCCAUGCGGUAUUACUACGAGAAAAACAUUAUCAAGCACAUUCCCGGACAGAGACUGGUCUAUCGGUUCUGUAGGAAUCCUGAUGAUAUCGUGUUUACUCAGUUGUUAAAAACUGCAAUGGGAACUUUGCCUCCAGAGGCCAGAUUAACGGCCCCUGUCACAACAAAUCCUUGCUUUGCUUCACCUGUAGACCAAACUCCGACCAUACCCGACGGGUACUUUAACCCACAAAACUCUCAGACAAUGACCCACCCUUUUACUGUGAAGCAGAUUGUGUACUGAGCGUGCGCGUGAGGAGUGUUGAAGUUGCGUGAGAAAUUGCGUGAGAAUUUGCGUGAUAUGGCGCGGGAAGGCGCGUGAGGGAUCACGCAAAUCUCCCAACAGAGUUAUUUUAUUGUGCAGUGUUUUGACAAUUUCAACCAACUUUUAAUUCUGAGCGGGAAUGAGGAGGGGAAAUAAUUUAUACUCGUGAUAUAUCAGAGUUAAUUUACACUAAAAGCCUUGUAAAAUAUGAUAAGGUCAUUUGGAUAACAGUUUUAGUUUAUUUAUUGAUUUGUAACAUGGAUUUACUUAUUUAUUCCAUUUUCAGCCAUAAAACAGAUUAACAAUAAUGUCGCCUUGACACUAACUCAUCUAAGGCUAUGUCUAAUAUCCGACCGAUGUUUUAAACUUUUUAACCUAAAAAAAUGGGUAGGCAUGUUUUAAGGAAAUUGGGAGGGCAAAUAUAUUUUACCAGAUUUCUAUGGUCGCCCCCUGAAACCCUUGUGGUGCUACUUUUUACCUGUUUAAGGGGCUGAGCCCCAGAUUGAAAUGUCAAAGUAUUUUUACUAAAUCGUUAAUUAUCACUCCACUUAUUUACAUAUGAUUUGUCAAUAUUAUGUAAAAAUUUAUACAAAGUGCAUAUAAUCUAUUGAGAAUGCAGAGAAAUUGUUCGUUAGUUUUAUGAGAAUAUCCCAGUUGUAUGCAUGCGCAGAGGCCAAAAGGACAUAACUUUUAGAAAAGCUUGAUGUAAAAUAAGUAACAUAGAAAAUAGGGAAGCAUAUCUCGAGUUUCGUGUCCGUAUAGGGCAAUCUUUAAAUGUGUCCCUUUCGGCCUCUGGUUUUUGGUUUAAGUUGUUGAAAUAUUAACUUUAAUAGCUUCGCGAUUGUAUGGUUUAAUUGAUAAUCAGGAUAAAGAUAAAAAUUGAGGGAUUUUCAAUGUCCACAUUAUGUUAUUUUCUUCUUCAAAUCUUUCAUUGAUUUCUAGAAAUCAAAUGUAUCAUUUUGAAAUAUUACAAAACAGAAAAUCCAACAAAAUUUAUUAAAAAAUACGCGAACUCAUUAAUUUUGAACUUGCCAUCACCCUCUCCACAAUCAUGAAGAUACCACAAUACAAUUCUUAAAUUCGUAAAUAUCUAUUAUAACUAACAUUAUCCUUACAAAUUUUCGUAAAUGUUUCUAUAAUCUAUAUGACUCCACCUCAAUCUUACCAAAGUUUCCCCUUAGGUCCCUCCUACCCAGUUCACCUGUGGCAGUUCAUCUUGGAACUACUUGGAGAUCACAGCUGCAAGGACUUCAUCGCCUGGACGGGAAAUGACCUGGAGUUCAAAGUUAUUAACAGCAGAGAGCUUGCACGAAGGUGGGGAAGGAGGAAAAACAACGCCAGAAUGAACUUCGACAAGUUGUCACGUGCCAUGCGGUAUUACUACGAGAAAAACAUUAUCAAGCACAUUCCCGGACAGAGACUGGUGUACAGGUAUUGCAGGAAUCCUGAUGAUAUCGUGUUCACCCAGCUUCUGAAGACUGCCAUGGGAACCCUGCCCCCAGAGACCAGACUAAUAGCCCCCGUGACCACUAACCCCCACUUCAACAACACUCACUCUCUGGGAGGGGGGUUUAAUCCCCUUUCUAACGGAGCCCCCCGCUCUCUCUCCUUCAGCUCAGCCAGCUCGUCCUGUUCCUCCCUCCUACAACAGUCCUCACCUCUCCAGACCCACAGUAGUCUUCAACACUCCUCUCUGGGUAACCUCUCCAAUGGCAAUAUGUCCAAUAUAUCUCUGGGUUCAGGAUCUCUCGCCACAGGAUCUCUCGGCUCAGGAUCUUUAGGAACCAGCAAUUUGGGGUCAGGAAGCCUGGGGUCAGGAAAUGUGGGCUCCGGAACUAAUGGACAGACUUCCGGCCUGGUAUCCUCCACUGGGCUCCUGUCAGGACCCCGACCUUCAGACAACAACAUGACUGAAUAUAUGUUCAGUGCAAACUGUCUCACCCAGGUGCAGCAACAUCUCCAGUCCAACGGAGAGGGUGUCAAACAACAUCAUAUGAUGGCUAGUUAGAAACAUUUCCUUGUGUUUUAUGAAACUAUAAUUUGUUCAUAGUUCGGGGUUUAUGAGAUGUUCAAGGUCGAGCGAGAGGAAAGACUUGCAAUUCUGUAUUUAAAGAAUAAGGAUGACCAUUUAAGUUUGCCAACAUCAAUUUGACGUUUUUGAUGAUUAAGAUAGGCAUCUUUUAUUGAUGACAGUCUUGAUGACUGACUUACAUUUGGAAGCGUUCUGUGUGAGUUACAUUUUAUUUGAUUUUCUCUGCCGGGAAACUGAAAGCUUGAAGAUACAACUUUUGCUCCAACAUUAUCAUAUUGGUGGUACUACUACAGUUUUAUUUAUAUUUAUAUUUUUAUGACAACGUUAAUUUAUAAGCAUAUUUAAUAUGGUUGUAAUUUAUAUCUCAUGUUUUUAAUUUUUGCACGUUCAGUAGGGUGAAAUUGUUACCCCCCUGCACGUUAUUUUCUACUUGUAUCUGGGUAUGCAUUGCGCGGUGGGCAGUUCUCAUGUGCUGCCUACGGUAAGAUUUCACGCUCUUAUAAACUGGUUUUUGUCCAUAAGUAUCGAGGCAACUAUAAUAAGAUUUAUUAAAGUUUUGUGUAUUAGAGUAAUUCAAGUUGGUCACUGGGAAUAAAACUAAAAGUCCCAGGUGUGCAUCAUGCUGGACAUUCUGUUGAUCUGACAAUAUAAUUAUUAGGAUUUAAAGCUUUUAAAAAAUCAAAUCAUUAAUCUAAAGCAUUGACCAUGGGACCGAUAUUAAUAUUCCUAAACUUUUUGAAUGUUUUAUAAAUUUUGAACGUUUUACGCUUUUAAAACUGAAAUUUUAUCUUCAAAGUUGGUAGCUAUCUAGGUCAAUACAUAGUAGGACUUCAAUUUGUUUUGGAGUCGAGUUGAUGAUUGUAUGGUAUUGAUGUACUGUUGACGCUUGCUUCAUGCAGCAUAUUUUAAGUCGAGUGUGUUGUAUAUGUUUUAAAGUUCAUUAUU